AAUAAAUUUUCAUUUUAUUGGUUAAAAAGUUCCCCCUUAAUAAAUGUUAACCCCUCCCCUUUUUUUUUUCUUGCUCUUGUUGUUCCACUUCUUCAUCUGCUUGCCUUACAAUUGACUCAUACUCGUAUUACUAAUGACAUUGAAAGAAUAUACCUUGAAAGAAGUGUCCAAACAUACAACAGUUGAUUCUUGCUGGGUCAUUUAUCAAAACAAGAUUUAUGAUGUGACGGAAUUUAUCCAAGAUCAUCCAGGUGGAGAUGAUCUUAUUUUAGACUAUGCAGGAAAUGAUGUUACUAAAGUAAUGAAAGAUGUUCUUGAACAUGAUCAUUCAGAUGCAGCUUAUGAGAUCCUAUCAGAUUAUUGUAUUGGUUCACUUAAAGGAGAACAAGAAGUAAAUAAUGGUCGUCAUGAAGACUCUUCUACUUUAACACUUCAUCAACGACGUAUGAAAUUAUUGGAAGAGGAAGAAGAAAGUAAAACAUUUAUUCGGGAAGAUUUUAAACCAGUUGAGACAGAUAUUAAUUCAGAUAUGAAGAAAAAUCAAUUUUUAGACUUGAGUAAAGCACUUGUACCUCAAAUGUUAAGGGCUCGAUUUACAAAAGAAUUCUAUCUUGAACAAGUGCAUAAACCUCGUUAUUUGCCAGGUCCAGCUAUCUUUUUUGGUCAUCCCUUAUUAGAGCCAUUAACAAAGACAGCUUGGUAUAUUGUUCCUACUGUAUGGUUCCCUUAUGUUAGUUAUCAACUCUAUUGUUCCCUUUCAUAUGAUAGUAAUAUAACUACUGGAGUUAGCUUUUUGAUUGGUAUACUAGUUUGGACUUUAUUAGAAUAUUUGCUUCAUCGAUUCUUUUUUCAUUUGGAUGAUUUCUUACCAGAUCAUCAACUUGCCUUUAUCCUACAUUUUGUUAUUCAUGGAUUUCAUCAUUAUCUACCAAUGGAUAGAUUGAGACUAGUAAUGCCUCCAGCUUUAGGUGUUAUCAUCGCAUACCCUCUUAUUUCACUUGGUUAUAUCUUAUUUCCUCCUUUAAUUGCACAUGGCAUUAUUGCUGGUGGUGUAUUCGGCUAUAUCUUGUAUGAUUGUACUCAUUAUUAUCUUCAUCAUGCUAAAGUAUACAAAUAUCAUUUCAAAGAGAUGAAGAAGUACCAUAUGGCCCACCACUAUAAAAACUACGAAAGUGGUUAUGGUAUUACUUCUAAAAUCUGGGAUUAUUGCUUUGGAACAGUUUUAGCAUAUGCAAAAUGAUACCCAUAUUAAUAUAUAUAUGACUACUGUACAUUUAUUUAUUAUAUACAUAUCCCCUCCCUCCAUUUUUUUUCAUAGUUCCCGUCUGAUAUUAUACAUUGCUCGACUUUAUUUCAUUUUUUUAUUGUUAACAAUCUAUUUUUUUACCAGUAGCAUGUACUAAUAUAUAUAAUAUUAUUAUAAUCGUUAAAAAAAUAAAAUAAAAU